UUCUUCUCUUCUUAUUCUCCAUCUUCUCUACUGAGAUUUUUCCCUACAAAAACUCAUCCUUGAAUGCACGGUGGUGCAUGGAUGUGGAAUCAUAGCAAAAAUGAAGAACUGGAGGAUGAUGAUGAUUCUUGGGAAGUCAAAGCCUUCGAGCAAGACACUAAAGGCAACAUCAAUGGUACCACUUGGCCUCCAAGAUCUUACACUUGCAACUUCUGCCGCCGUGAGUUCCGUUCUGCUCAAGCCUUAGGCGGUCACAUGAAUGUCCACCGCCGCGACCGCGCCUCUAAGGCUCAUCAAGGUCCUGCCGCCGCAGUUGCGGCUAGAAGCGGUUGCGGAAGCGGAGGCGGGAGGACAACGUUUCUCAGUUCUUGUGUUCCACCGUCGACAACGCUUAUAAUUCAAUCCACGGCGAAUAACAGUGAAGGUUUGUCCCAUUUCAACCAAUUGCAAAACCCUAAUGGCAUGUUUUGUAAUUCUAGUGACAUGGUAAACUUUUAUGGUACUACACCGUUUCAUUCGAGCAACCUUGAGUUUUCCUUGUUGAAUUCGCCGGUAGAGGUUCCUCCUAUGCUUAUACAAUAUCCAACGGGAGAUGAUGAGAGCACUAGCUCGAUGAAAGAGAUGGAAAGAUCAUCAGUGAAUGAGCCUGAUCUUGAACUUCGACUAGGGCACAAGCCACCGUGACAAUUCAUAUUCGUGACACACUUCAGGUCUUUCAUAUCUAUAUCCAUUCAUACAGAGGUUGUUUACAUCUUAAAUUACAUUUGUUGUUAAAUUCUGAAUUCAAAAUUUGGUUAGUUGUGUAUCACAAUUAAAUCCAUACUAUUUCAUGCUUGGCUUCCCUGUUUUCACAUAUACAUGUGCCUAAGUUUAUACAAAGAGAG